UGAACAGUUUCAAUUAAUACCAAUUCCAUGAACAUUAAAUAUAUUAAUUCAGUUUCCAAACAAAAGUUUACCAGAGUUACAGUUAAAAGUAUCUUCUAACUUUACCUACUAUUCUGUGAUUUUUUUCAACAUUUUUUGCUCAAUUCGAGCUAAGUAGCCAAAAGGAAUUGUAUCAAAUUAUCAACGGAAAAGUGAUAAUCCAAUCAACUGACAAAAAUACAUUUUCAUUAAAUAACAAUUAAAUUAAUUGUUGGUAACCAAAAAAAGGAUUAAACAAUUAAACAAAAAAACGAUGAAGAUCAUCUUGUUAAUCACUAUUUUUUCAACCUUCUAUUUGGAUCAAGCUUUAUCAGCCUACACAAGGGAGAAAAGGUUGAUUCGUUAUCCUUUCCCUGGGCCUCGGGCUGAUGCAGUUCGUGAUGAGAAUGCUGAAGCUUAUGGUGCAGCAUCGGCAGGUCCACUUUCACCUCGAGUUAAACGGAAGCCACAAUACGAGGAGCUUAUUGAUGAUUAUUCAAAGGAAACUUAUUCCCAACCUGCCGGACGAUCUAAUGCCAGGUCAUCUUCAUCUGGAUCACCAGCAUCUUCUUCAGCCGCUCAAACUUACCGACCAACCGUAGCCGAUCCUUAUGCCGAACAGCCUUACCGAUCAUCUCAACCUUCCGCUUAUUCAUCAUCGUCAGCUUCCGGUUCCCCUGAUUCUCGUUACCAAUCAGCUGGUUUUGCUUCAAGAUCUUCCGGUGAAUCGUAUGAAUCAACUAACCAGAAACAAGGUAAAAGCAAGGAAGAGGCUGAAGAGGAAAAGAAACCAAGCCGAUUAGAGCUUCUUUUGGGUCAAUCUAAAUUCACUUGUAAUGGUAAAAAGGACGGUUAUUAUGCCGACGCUUCUGUGGCCUGUCAAGUUUUCCAUUAUUGUGUUGGUGGUGCUAAACACUCAUGGCAAUGUCCCGAAGGAACCGUUUUCCAUCAAGUACACUUGAACUGUGUCCCCGCCAGUCAAGACAUUUGCGAUCAAUCUGAGAAAUUUUUCGUCGUCAAUGAAUAUCUUCACAAGCCAAUCGACAAUGGAGGACCAAACAAUAGUGUUCGAUACCAUCAAAGAUACUAUCCAGAAGAAUUCCUUGGUGAUCCAUUAGCCGCUGCUUUCCCCGCUGGUUCAGCUCAAUCUUAUCCCGCUAAGCCCGUUCCUGUUAGCAAUGGCGGUGCUGGUUCAUCUGCUCCUCGAGCUCCCCAAGGAAGUUACUCUGGUUCAUACGAAGAUGAUUACAGUGGAGAGGAUAAUCGACAAUCUUCACCUUACCGAUCACCUCAACCCGCUGCCCAACCACCUCGUCCAUCAGCUCCACGAAAUCAACCCAAUUAUGGCCCAUACUCACCAAAACCCAAGCCACAAGGACCACCACCGCCACCACCCCAACAACCAUCAUACACUUUCUCAGCUAAACCCUAUUCAGGAUCAGGAUAUGGUUCUAAUCCAUCUCGACCUUCAUACGCCAAUGAAGAUGGUCCAAAUGAACGAUCAUCCUCAUCCUCAUCAUCAUCAUCAUCAUCACCUUAUCGACCAACACCUUCACCUUAUUCAGGAUCAACUCGACCCUAUUCUGGAUACUCUGUUGGUCCAUCAUCUCCACCCUAUGCUUCACCCGCUCCCUCAUCAAAUUACUCACCAUACAAACCAGUAACCCUUUCAAGCUCAUCACCCAACUAUGGAUACUCACGAUCAUCACCUUCCCCAUCAUCAGUCUCACCCUCAUCAGCAUACAAUCCAAAACCAAACGCAGUGCCACCCUACUCAUCAUACCCACCAUCAUACUCACCCUACUCAUCAAACGCUUAUGGUUCAUCAGCCGCCUCAGAACGAAACGUUAGACCUUCAUCCUAUGACCCCCGAGGCUAUUCAGCCACAUCAAACAAACCAUAUGGUUACAGUGGUGUCACUUAUGAGGAAGAUUAUUAAUCAUCUGCUUCAUCAAAGUCAAUCCAUCUCUUCAUUAUCACAUCUCUUCAUCAUCCUCAUCCUCAUCUUCAUCCAGCCAAGUCAUCAAAUUAAAUCAUUAUCACCUCAAUCACAUCUCAUUUUCCCGAAUAGAUUAAUCAAAAUCUUCAGUUAAAAUUUUUGUACAAUCUUAAAUUACCUGAAGACAAUUAACAACUCUAAAUCUCUAUAAAUUAAGCCUUCAUCUCUAAACACUUUUUUUGUAUCAUCUUAAACAUUAUCAAAAUCAAAUACUAAUGAUGAAAAUAAUGUUUCAUAAUAACUUAUAUACUUUUUUAAUUGUAAUUGUAAACCAUUAAAACUUUCCUCUCUCUCUCUCUCUCUCUCUCUGUAAACAAUUAACAAACAGCAAACCAAUUAAUCCAAAUGUAACUUCAUGAUAUAUCUUGUAAAUGCAAGGAUAUAAUUUAAUGAAAAGUUAAUUUUGUAUCAACCUCACCAACUCAACAAUUAGUAAAAUUUAAAUAAUCAAUCUAAAAGUUAAUUGUAAGAAAAUUUCUCGAAACAAUUAAAGUAAGUAACACCAUCUA